AUGAGUGGGCCUCCGUUUGUAAAGAAGCUGAAAAUCGAAAAAGCAGAUGAAAAUGGAAAAACAAUGGAAGAAGAAAACAGAGACGAACAAGAAGAAGCACUGCUGGCUCUCGUCGAUCACCGCACAAAAGAAGUCGUGCAUCUUCGCCAACGCGUCUCUUAUUACACAUCCCAGCUUAAUGAAGCAGAGAGGAAGCUGGAGGAGACACAAAUUAAAUUGGCUCAUCUUCAAGGAUGGGACAAAGGGCCAACUUUGGAAAAUUCACUUCAAAAGGAAGAAAUUAAAGUUGAAAGAAGAUCCACGAGUCCUGUUCAGGUCAGUGAAGGUUCUUCUCGAAGCCAAUCUCACGGUCCACCUCGUUCAGGCCAGGAAACCAUAAAGUCGUCCAGUGAUAAUCUGAAAAUUUAUGGAACACCAGUUAGUCCUUUCUACAAAAAGGAGUAUUCUCCUCAAACACAAAUUCAAUCUACACGGUCUUCUACUCCAAAUACUUCACAACCUAUAAAGAUGAAAGCAUCUGGAGCUAAAUUUUCCAGUGGUUCUGGUUCUCAGUCCAGUGCAUCGAGGUCAACUCACGUCGACAAUAAUGUACAAUCCAAAGAGGAUAGAUCUCAUAGAACGUCUUCUCAGCAGGAACCCAUGGAAACUCAAUCUAAAAAAACAAAGAGGAAGCUUGAGCUGAAAGAACAUAAAGAGUUGAUUCCAUUGAUAAGCAGCAGCUCUUCGCCAAAUAUAAUCCGCACCCAGACAGGAUGUUUUCAAUCUAGUCAGCACAAAAGAAAGUUGAGAAGUCUUGUACUGUGUCCGACGAAUGAUCAACUAUUUGUGACAAGCGCAUUGGAUGGAGAUGUCAAUUUGUGGCAAAUUCAGGGCAGAGGAUCAACUGCUCAUCGUCUAAGUACAACUGAUUGUCAAUCAGCCAAGCAGAGGAGAUGGCCAGAAGAUAUAGCUUGGCAUCCACAGGGAACCAGCCUCUUUUCGGUUUAUAGUGCAGAUGGUGGGGAUUCUCAGAUAUCAAUUCUGAAUCUUCAUAAGGGAAAAGAGAAAGCACGUGUAACUUUUCUGGAAGACAAGCCUCAUGUGAAAGGCAUUAUUAACAGCAUAAUAUUUACGCCAUGGGACGAAUCAUGUUUUGUCACUGGAGGCAGUGAUCAUGCUGUAGUUCUGUGGAAUGAGCAAGAUGCAGAGGAUUCAUGGAAACCUAAAGCUUUGCACAGAAGUAUGCAUUCCUCUGCUGUAAUGGGGGUUGCUGGGAUGCAGCAUAAGAAAAUUGUUAUUUCUGUUGGUGCCGACAAGCGUAUCAUUGGGUAUGAUUUAGCAUGUGGAAGAGCAGAUUACAAGCAUCAAAUAGAAAGUAAAUGCAUGAGUGUUCUACCUAAUCCAUGUGACUUCAAUCUCUUUAUGGUUCAGACUGGGACUCCAGAGCGCCAGCUUCGAUUGUUUGAUAUUAGAGUAAGGCAGAUGGAGCUCCACUCAUACGGGUGGAAGCAAGAAAGUAGUGAAUCACAAUCAGCCCUUAUUAAUCAGGCUUGGUCACCUGAUGGUCUAUAUAUUACUUCUGGUUCAGCAGACCCUGCCAUCCAUGUCUUUGAUAUCAGAUAUAACGCUCACAAACCGUCUCAAUCUAUAAGAGCACAUCAGAAACGGGUCUUCAAAGCUGUAUGGCACCAUGCUCUCCCACUCCUGAUCUCCAUUUCUUCUGAUUUGCAGAUUGGAUUGCACAGAAUCAUAUGA